AUGACUGAAGCUAUUUUAGCCAAUCGCUUACGCGAUCUUGAAGAAGAAAUAAAAAUGGAACGUGAUGUUCGAUACCGUCAAGAGAAAGAAUUAACAAAUUUACGUAUUGAUUUUGAUGAAAUCGAACAACAAUUAGACGAAAUUACAAAUGCACGUGAUAGAGAAAUUGACAAUAAUAAACGUUUCAAACAAGAAAUUCAUGAUUUACGUCAAAAACUUGAACUUCAAUCGGCUGAAAAUGAUGAAAGUCAAAAUACACUCCGUCGCCGUUUUCAGGAUUCAUUAUCAGAACUUACAAGUCAAGUUGAAGCAUUAAGCAAAGGAAAAACAAGACAUGAAAAGGAAAACAAAUCCUAUAUUCUUGAAAUUGAAGAAUUGAAAAAUGAAGUUGAAUCAUUAGGAAGAGCUAAAAGUCAAGCUGUAUCAGUCAGUAAAGAACUCGAAGGAAAAUUAAUUGAAAUGAAUGGAAAAGUUGAUGACGCUAUUCGCCAAUUAACUGAUUCUAAUACAACAAAAGCUCGUCUUGUGGAAGAAAAUUUAUCAUUUAGCCGACGUAUCGAAACUCUUGAAUUUGAAUUAGUAUCGAUACAAACAAUUUAUAAACGAAUACAAGGCGAUUAUGAAGAAGCACGACUUCAUUUAGAAUCUGAAAUGGCUACAAAUCGAACAUUACAAUCAACAGUGAAAACAUUUCAAAUGGAUUUAGAAUCGACAAAAUUACAACUUGAUGAUGAAAUUGAAGCUAAAGUUGAAUUACAAAAACUUUUAAUUAAAAUUCAAGAAGAAUCAAGAUAUUUACGAGACAAACUAGAAAGAGAAAUUGAAGGAAAAAAUGAAGAAAUUGAAGAUCAAAGACGUAAAUUUAAUGCACGUAUUACUGAAGUUCAAGAACAACUUACUGAAGUUCUUGCUAAAGCAAGCAAUCUUGAAAAAGCUAAACAACGUCUUCAAGCUGAAUUAGAUAAACUUAAUGGUGAAGUUGAGAAAUAUCGUAAACGAGCUGAGGAAGCUGUUCGACGUAAUAAACAAUUGGAAAAAGAAGUUGAUGAAUCCCGUCAACGUCUAAAUCAAUUGAAUGCUGAACUUUCGUCUGCUGUACAAGCAAAUCAUAACUAUCAAAGCGAAUUACUUAAAGUUAAAAGCUUAAACGAACAAUUUACUGAACAAAUCGAGAUUAUCACACGAGACAAACGUCGCUUACAAGAUGAAAUGGAUGUUGCAUUAAAUCAAAUAUCUGAUUUGAAUACACGCAUCGGUGAUAUGGAUCGCCUUCGUAAACAACUUGAAGCUGAAAAAUUAUCAUUAGGAUCAGCAAUCGAAGAAUAUCGUGAACAAAUACAUAUUGAAAUAACAAAAUACAAUGUAUUGAAUGCUUCUAUUGAUAAACUUCGAAGUGAUUUAGAAAAGAAAAUCAUGGAAAAAGACGAAGAGCUUGAAUCACUCCGAGCAAAUCAACGCAAACAAUUAGAAUUAAUGCAAUCACAAAUGGAAGAACUUGAAGUACGUUAUAGAACAGAAGCCAGUCGUAUAAAAUCAAAAUUACAAAAUGAAAUUGAUGAAAUUCGUAUUCGUUAUGACUCACUUAAGAAAAUAAAAAGUGAAAUGGAAAAUCAUCUUAAAAAACUUCAAGUUAAUAUUAAAGAAGCACAAGAUCGUCUUAUCGAAGAACAAACAACACAUGCUGCAACAAGAGAACUACUAAAUGCAUCCGAAAAACGAUUUGUUCUUCUUCGUGCUGAAAUCGAUGAAUUACGUGCUUUACUCGAUCGUAGUGAAAAAGCUCGUAAAACAACUGAACUUGAAUUACAUGAUUCUGAACAACGGUUAACUGAAGCCAACUCAUUAACUAGUCGUGCCUAUGCCGAAAGAAAGAAAUUCGAAGCUGAUGCAAUGCAAUAUCAAGGAGAAAUUCUCGAUGUUAAACAAGAACUCAAGAUUAUUGAUGAACGGGCACGAAAAUUAGCUGCCGAAUUAAUCCAUCGUGAUGAAGAAAUUCGCCAUGAACGUGAAAGAACAGCGGAAACAGAAGCAUCCAAACGUUCAUUGGAGCAACAAUUACGUGAUUGUAGUGCUAAGAUUGAUGAAGCUGAAGCUUAUGCACGAGCGGAAGGAAAACGUAUUGCUGUUAAAUAUGAAGGACGACUUGGACAACUUGAAACUGAAAUUGAUUUAGAACGUGGUCGUUAUCAAGAACUUCUUAAAGAAUUACGUCGUAACGAAAGACGUGUUAAAGAAUUAUUAAGUCAAGUUGAUGAAGAACAAGCGAAAGUUCUUUCACUUACAGAUACAUUAGGCAAAACUAAUGAUAGACUCCGUGUUUAUAAAUCACAAAUCGAAAGUGCUGAAUCUUCAGCUACCCUAGUAUUAACACGUGCUCGCCGCCUUGAACGAGAACUUGACGAUGCUGAACAACGUGCUGAAGUUGUUUCAACAACAUUGAUUCGUUCACGAUCUGUUCAUCGUAAUGACUAUAAUUAA